GAAUAAAUAUACUGCAAUACUGCAAUACAGACCUUUGGACAAGGGAAUUCAGACUUGCAAAUUCACUCCAUUCUAUCGUACGCCUCUUACUCUCAAGAUUUCAUGAAGCUAGUGCACGUGACACUCUUUAGAAAUUGCCUUCGUCUGUAAGCACCUUUCUCACAGAAGAUCUUACCACCAUGGCUACAUUUAAUGGUAAUACUAUCGCCGAAAGUAUGGCCGCUAUGAAGUUAUCGGAUCCUGAGCCCAACUCGGAGAGAUCAGUGAAAGAUUUACUUCAGAAAUCUCAAGAUCUGAUGGCGGAACUCGAACAAUUCAAGGCUCUUCUGAAAGAGCGAAGGCAGGACAAGACAGUUGAACUGAGACACUUCUCAACGAAUCUCCAAUCUGAGAUCAAAUCUUUAACAAAACUUGCAAACUUAGACCCGGAAGAUGAAAAGGUGGCCCAUACAGUUAGCUCUUCGAACUUUCCAUUCUAUUCCGCUGUUUGGAAUACAGCAAAGGGUUGUAAAGGUAUUACAGCUUUGAGAAAACGUUUCUUUUGGACCACUGGUCAAAAUUUGCUCAAAUCUAAACGGGGUGAUCUCUCGGCGCAGAGGAAUAUCAAAAGUGUGGAAGUCGAUGUUGUGGCUGGAGAAGAUCUUGAAUGGGUCAAAGUCAAUACAAUUACUGCUCGGAGGAUGAUAUUUGAUCUAGCCAAGGCCGGCUGGGCCGAAGACGAUUCAACUGAUGAUGAGGGUGAAGAUUUUGCUCGAUUAGACUCAGACGAUGAGUCAGAAGGCCUUUUAAAGCAGGCCAAGUUGCUCGUAGAAGCUUCUAAGUUGGCCAGAACCAAAUACCGGUAUCCAUCAGUCCGUAUGGUACUUCCUAGACUCACAAGAGACUGUCCCAAACAAGUGGCAAGUGUUUUACAAGGUAUUCGGGCAUUGGGAGUUACUGUGCAGCUAUUUGAAGAUAUCCCUAGAAGCCUUGAGAUAUCGACAGUACUCCAGCGUAUGGUAGUAGACCCAUUUGAGAAAUUCUCCGAAACCCUCAACGUUGAUUGUACAAUGAUCUUCGCAUUUAUUAGUGAUCUUUCACAUGGCCAAGUUGAAUCAAAAGACUGGCAUCACCGGUUUUUGAUUAAGCAAAUGGAAAUGGAAAGCGAAGACAAGCUCUUACCUAGUAUUGUUUGGCCCGCAUGCGGUGCCAGAAAGCUCAUAUGUACUCGUGAGGCAGUCGCAAGAGCCCAAGAGAUCAUAGAUACAAUUGGAACAGACACCGAAAGGAAAAGAAUGGAAUUGAUUUUUGGAUUCAAUCAUGAGUCGACAAGAGAUCAGCUAGCAGAGGAAUUUCAAAAGCUUUCCGAGUACAGCAUUCCUUUGGAAUGGCAAUUACCAAUUGCCAUAGUUGAUGUGGAUGUAUCCAAUAUCAAGUCCGAGCUUCCUGAUGUCGUUAAUAACGUCUCAAAAGUUCUGACUGGUGUCAAUCAGUCCGUAUUUUUGUACGGUUGGGCGUCUGGAUUGACAACAAUUAGCAGCAAUCGUGUUGUUGCUAAAGAAAUCGAGGCUACGAUUGAAGCAAACAGAGGUUCUAUGGACGUUCAGGGGCCAUACAUCUGGCUGUCUCCAAUGGCACGAUCUCUUGUGGGAAAAGAAAAACAGCGGCGGGGAGUCAAAGAAUAAUUUAAUCAUAGAUUCGGGUAUUUAACUCGUACUUAUUAAUUGAAAUCUAGUUCCUGAAUUUUGCAUUUAUGAGUCAGCGCUAGAAGCAAGAAAGUGUGCAGUGAUUGCAUAAUGAUCGGCUUUUCUUCCACAAUUUUACCUGUUUGUUGCACUUAUUGUCUUCAGUCGCCCUAGAGAACAACGAAAUCCAGUCUUUCAAUUUUCUUCGAGCUGUGCCCUUGGCGCGGUAGUUAAAAUGGCAAGUGCAGUUGAAAUCAUUCGCUCAGGAGAUAACCGUUUCGGAUUUCCAACGACUUCCGGGGAGCUAAGCGAAGAACAUCAUUCUUAAAUACCAAGGCGAUAAUUACAAUCAUUUUCCGAGAUCA